AUGUACCAAUAUUCACCAAAGAAAGGGGACGACUUCUAUCCAGUCUCCGCGGGAACGCCGUUUAAAGACUUGCCAGAAGACUGGAACUGCCCGGUGUGCGGCGCGUCCAAGUCAAAGUUCAAAUCCAUCGGCAAACAAGUCGCUGGCUUCGAACAAAACCAAGGUUACGGGUUUGGAACGAACAGUAUGACCGAAGGCGAAAAGUCAAAAUUGAUUUACGGCGGUUUGGCUUUAUUCUUUGUGUUCUUCUUGGCUGGAUAUUUGUUAGAAUAA